CUGGAGUCGCAUAUCAUCGACCAGGGGUUGGCCGACAUGAUAGCGUCGGCUGAGGUGAUCACUCAGGACUCUGAGAAGUACAUCGAGCAGCUCCUGGAGCUAUUCAGACGGUUCUCACUGCUAGUCAAACAAGCCUUCAAUGACGACCCGAGGUUCUUGACCUCCAGAGACAAAGCCUUUAAACAAGUUGUGAACGACACGUCAGUGUUUCGCUUAGAGCUACCGACCCGUCAAUUGAAAAGCGUAAUAAGUAAUGCUAGUAAAGUGCAACCGGAGUCCCGGUGCCCCGAAUUGUUGGCCAAUUACUGUGAUAUGUUGCUCAGGAAGACACCCAUCAGUCGGAAGCUCACCAGUGAUGAGAUCGAAGCCAAACUCAAGGAAGUGCUACUGGUGCUGAAGUACAUCCAAAACAAGGAUGUAUUCAUGCGCUACCAUAAGGCACACCUCACGAGACGACUGAUACUCGACUCGUCGGCCGACUCCGAGAAGGAGGAGAAUAUGGUUGAGUGGCUCCGGGACGUGGGAAUGCCGGCCGAGUAUGUGAACAAAUUGGGCCGUAUGUUCCAAGACAUUAAGGUGUCCGAAGACCUGAACCAACAGUUUAAGAACGCCAAUAGGCUGUCCACUAAUGGUGUUACCGGCGCUCAUCAUUUGCCGCCCGAUAGUAUAAAUAUUAAGAUACUGAACGCCGGCGCCUGGGCUCGGGGUUCAGAGCGCGUACAGGUGUCGCUGCCUCUGGAGAUGGAGGACAUCAUACCAGAAGUGGAGGAGUUCUAUAGGAAACAACAUAACGGCCGCAAACUUCAGUGGUAUCACCACAUGUCCAACGGAACGUUAACGUUUAGCAAUAACAUCGGGAAAUUCGAUUUAGAUGUGACCACAUUUCAAAUGGCAGUGCUAUUCGUGUGGAAUGACAGACCAUUUGAUAAGAUUAGUUACGAGAAUCUAAGGCUUGCCACAGAACUGCCCGACCCUGAACUCCGCAAGACUUUAUGGUCUUUGAUUGCUUUUCCGAAACUCAAACGACAAGUACUCGUCUGCGAAAGUGAUGUGAAGUCUGUCAAAGACUUCGAUGACAGCACUCUGUUUGCCAUUAAUCAAGAGUUUUCUGUCAUCAAGAACGGGAAGUCCCAACGACGCGGUAAAGUGAAUCUCAUCGGACGCCUACAGUUGGCGACCGAGAAGUGUCGCGAAGAGGACAACGAAUCGAUAGUCCGCUUAAGAAUACUUCGAACCCAAGAGGCGAUCGUAACCAUAAUGAAGAUGCGCAAGACUAUGACCAACGCUCAGCUCCAGACAGAACUCGUGGAGAUCCUGAAGAAUAUGUUUCUGCCGUCCAAGAAGAUGAUCAAAGAGCAGAUCGAGUGGCUUAUAGAGCACCGGUAUAUGCGUAGGGAUGACGACAAUAUCGGUCUAUUUAUAUAUAUGGCGUAAUCGAGGGUCUGGCAGGUGUUUGACCGCCUGUUGUCCACCCUUUGGAUGUGUAUUAAUGUAUCGAUUAUGUGGUAAUUGAUUGGGAUGUGUGUUAGCGUACUAUCCCCAGCAUGUGAGGUACGGGAGGUUUAGGAGGUGUUUAUGAAUGGCUAAUAAAUUAUCUGUUUUUUAAUUAUGAUUUCUUUAUCACCAUUAAUACCAUUCAACGCAUUGUUUUAAUUAAUUAAUUGUUUUAUGA